AUGAAUUAAGAAAUGAAUUAAAUAAUACAAAAGGAAUUUAAUGAGUGCAAAGAGAUUGGUGAUGGUAUAUUAGAUUUAAAAAUUCUAAAUGAUUAUAGUUGGUAAGUUGUAAUAAAGGGUCCUAAACUAGGCCCAUAUGAAAAAGGAUAAUUCUUCAUUCAUGUGUUAUUUCCAAAAGAAUAUCCAAAAAUUCCUCCAAAAUUUCGUGUGUUGAAUAAAAUAUACCAUAUGAAUAUAAAUCAAUAAGGUUGUAUUGCUCUAAAUACUUUAAAAAAGGAAUGGUCAGAAAAUAUUGGUGUAAAAAAAAGUAAAUGAAUAUAUAAAAACCUUUGAGUGCUAUUAGAAAUUUUGAGUCUUUUUUAAAAGCCUAAUCCUUAAAAUCCGUUGAAUCUUAAAUUAGCCUAGUAAUAUUAGGAGAAUUGUUCAGAAUAUUAUGAAAAGGCUUAGUAAUGGACUUAAUAAUAUGCAACUUUUAUUGAUAUUAAAAUUGAAUGA